AUGAACGGCGAUUCCUUUUAUGAAUGGUUUUGUGGAAUUUUACCUCUGUUGGACGAUAAUUCCAUAAUUGAAAUGGAUAAUGCGUCGUACCAUUCGGUCAAGCUGGAUCCCGCGCCAACAAUGGCUUGGCAGAAACAUAAAAUCAUUCAAUGGUUGGAGGAUAAAAAUGUUGUAGUUGACACGAAAAUGGUGAAACUAGAAUUAAUGCAAAAGGUCAAAGAGAUUCGAACCACUGAAAACAUGGUCGGUGGUAAAAAUCAUGUGAAGCAGAAUAAUAUUACAUUCAAAUUAAACGAUAAACGUCAAUUGCUGAUCGAUGGAGUUCAACGAGUUACUCCGGAAAUGUGGGCCAAUUUUACAAAACAUACAAUUAGCGAAGAGGAUAAAAUGUGGGAUAUUGAGUCCAUUACCGAUGAAAUGCUUGAUGAACUAGCUCCAACAUCUCAACAUGUUCUAACCAUCACAGGAGAAACAAGUACUGAUUCCUCAGAUUGA